CCUUUCUCACAACUUUCAAAAGCUCUGAGAUCUCAAAUUCGACGCCGUUGGUUAUCUAUCUCCCUCGCAUAAUCUUAAGCUGAGUAAAUGGAUAAGCAGACAGCUGAAACAGCGAGGGACUCGUUGGAGCUUGUGUUUCGAAUGUCCAACAUCUUGGAAACUGGUCUCGAUCGACAUACCUUGUCCAUUUUGAUUGCUCUUUGCGAUCUUGGUCUUAACCCUGAGGCUUUAGCUGCUGUUGUCAAGGAGAUUCGACAGGAAUCUGGUACCAGCCAAGACCAAGGAACAUAGAUUAAUUUGAAUCAUUUUGUUUCACUAUGCUUUUCUGUAAGAUUUUUGAAAAAAAAAAACUGUGCUUUAAUGUUCUGUCAUUUAAUUUAUCCAAUUUCGCUAAAAAGGUGAAUCCUCUGAAGAAGAUCACACACUUUCCUUGGAAAUUUAAAGUCUGUGUUCAGC